AUGGAGUCCGUCUUCAAUGACGCCGAAAAGCGCUUCGUGCUAGCCGAGAUGAUCAAGCUCAGCGAGCUGGACGUGGGUGUCCUCGUCAACUUGAUCAAGUCACAUGGCAUCCAACCAGACUGGAUGCACAUGCAGCUUCCCGGAGGACGCAACAUGAGCCAGUGUGUGCAUGCGGCGGAGGUUAUGUUCGACACACCCAUGCCGCCACCUAUAAUCUCUUCGCUGAAGCGUAAAUCGCUUGGCGACCUUCCAGACCCUUACCCCAAAAGACAGGCUGUCGCGUCUCCCGGCGAGGUGUCGCCGCGGGGGUUUACGCCGGGCUCGAUCCUGCACCAGCAACCACCACCACCACCCCCGGUGAAUAUCCAGCAGCGACCCAACGGCUACUCGCCAGCACUUCCAGCUCCUGCCCCGCCAGCGGUGACUUCUCCGUACAACCCCACGCCGCCGCCUCGAAAACGCGGGCGUCCACCAAAAUCGGCUCAGAGCGCCUGGCAGAACGUGACGCCAGCUCAUAUUGCCCCUUCUCCCGCACCGACAGGCCAAUCGCAACAACCGCAUAGUCCCGGUCUGCAAACCCACACGACGUACCAGCAUCAGGCUACCCAAGGGCACCCCGAAGUCAAACGAUCCAAGAAGCCUCUACCCGAGAUCGCGCCCCGGCCGACGCAAGGUAUGGCAGCUCCGGAACCAUCUCUCAGGUCUCCAGCCAUGUCGGGAGGGGAAUUUCAAAGUUGGCGCGAGGAGACGGGCCGCCGAGAUAAUUAUCAGUUGCUCGGGGCCGAGGGUCAGGCGCGGGACCGCCCGCUUUUGCCACGGCCACGAAGCCCACUCCCACCUGCGAGGGAUCUCAUGCGAGCCGGCUCGGCGGAGCCGCGCCGGUUUGCGUCCACUCCGCCGCCGAGUGCUACAGAGCCGGUAAAGAAAGAGAGCCAGCCAGCGAUAGCAACGACCGAGCCGUUUAGGGCGUAA